ACGAACGCAGCAAGUGAAAUUCUUGAAUCAGUGUCAAAUUAAUUAUUUUAUAAACAAUUCGUCGAAAACUACAAACAGAAAUGAAUGAAGUGGUCAACAAUGAAGCAUUUCGCAGUGUUGUUAAUUUUUUAGAAUCAAAUGUACCAAGAUCCGAUGUAGCCAAUAUUAAAAAUGAGCUAAAAAAAGAUUUCGUACUAGGAAAAUCUAAAAGUAAAGUCAAGAAGCAGAAAGUGAAAAAACGCCGCAAUAAUCUGUUGUCACGUAAAGAAAAAAAGAAAUUGGGUUUUUAUUCUUUUCCACGUAAUAGUAUAAAAUAUAAGGAUAUAGAGUCCAUCAAAGAAAUAUGGAUCGAUUAUAUUUCCGAAAUGUUGGAAUUAGAUAAAUCAGUUCCUGAUCCAACAAGUAAAAGAUGGGAUCAUUUUACGCAGACCCUCUAUAAAGCAGAUUUUAAUGGGAGCUUGCUGGAAGUAGUGCGUUCGAAAUGCCCGAGUUAUGUUGGUAAAAAGGGUAUAUGUAUUAUGGAUACAAAGAAUACUCUUAAAAUUGUCUCUAAAGAUGAUAUAAUAACAACCAUACCAAAAAAGGAAAGUGUAUUUGAUAUGUACAUUAGAAAUGUUAAGCUCACUCUUUUUGGUAAACAUUUAUGUAUAAGACCAGCUGAACGAUCAAAUAAAAAAUUUAAGAAUAACUUUCAUCCAGAUUUAUAGUAUUUAAAAUAAUGCAUUUCUAUAAA